CAAGAUUUGCUUCUCUAUCCAAUCAACAACUUUUGAUCAGAUACUUUGUGAAGAGUUUUGAUUAUUUCUGCAUUGUGUUUUUUGAUGAUGAGCAGUCAUGUUUACCGAAUCCUCAGGUGGCUCUGCAUGUAAGCUUGUUCACAGACCAGGCACAGUGCUUGUUGGAUAUAUAAUGUAAGUAAACUUACAUUUCUUUCUUUGAAUGGUGAAUGCGAUGUAUACUUCAAAUGGCAUUUGAAGAAACAUGUCCUGCCCACACACACGGACAACUCAAUUGGCUCUUGGAUGGUAGAUUGUGUAAGCAAGGGCACAAGUCGAGCCCCAACAACCGGACUGUGAGAGUUUUUCCUAAUGUAGUGGAUUCUUUAUAGGCACCAGACACUGAUCAUCCCACCUAAUGAGUUGCUAAGUCAUUUUAGUUUAGUUUAGUAUUGAGUAUUUUUUCCAUUAUUGGUAGAUGGUAGAUGCAUCAUUAUUGAGCCAGAGCAAACAUGGCAAUAUGCAUCCUUUGUGCCCAAACAAUAUGCACACAGGUUUAUAAAUGUUGUUACGAAAUGAAACUAGUCGGAGUGUUGGUGAAGUCUCAUCCACUCGAGUUGGACUUGUUGAGUUGUUGUGAUGGUCUGUUGGAUGCUAGUAGUAGUACAAAUAGUACAGGAGGGGAAGUAGUACUACACGUGACUACGCGAGUACAAUGCACAAAACAAAGCCAUAAAAAGGAGCUUCUACAGAAAUGUAAGGCUUCUAGCACAAUGGGGAAGACCAUGUACAUAAUCUUUCCCACACUUCACUCUAUAUAUUCUUUCAAAGAGACUAGUCAGGGAGGCUUAGGGUCAAAAAGGAUAAUCUACCUAGCUUCAGUCUUCAGAGUGAUAAACCCAACCCCAAGUGGAAUUUCAAGAGGAUAACAAAUUUUGUGUGGGCACCAGAGAUCCACGCAAUAAUAAAAAUGGAAAUGGAAGUGGAAAUAUCCAUUUCAAGAUUGCCUGCUAAGAGCCAGAUUUCCACUACCUCAAAUCACAGACAUCCAUUGCCACGUCAGAGGAUAGCAUCCCAUCUCCCUUACCAAUAGGAUUCAUGCUCUAGAGAUAACAAAGCCCUCAAUGCAAUCAGACCACACAUAUUCUCUGUAAUAUCAAGAAGAAUCAGAGAUGGCUAGUGUUACCUCUGCUGCUGUUGCCAUUCCCUCCUUCACUGGCCUCAAGGCUGCGGGCGCAUCCUCUUCCAGGGUCUGCACUGCUGUCAAGUUGGCUCCAGCUCCCACCACCCCAAAGCUUGCAAUCAAGGCCUCCCUCAAGCAAGUUGGUGCUGCCGUGAUUGCCACCGCCGCUAGUGCAUUGCUGGCAACCAACGCCCUCGCUGCUGAGAUUAAGCUUGGCGCUGAUGAUGGCGGGCUUGCCUUCGUCCCCAGUGACAUCUCUGUGCCUUCCGGAGAGACCAUUGUGUUCAAGAACAAUGCAGGCUUCCCUCACAACGUGAUUUUCGAUGAAGAUGAGAUUCCAUCUGGAGUUGAUGCUGCCAAGAUCUCGAUGAGCGAGGAGGACCUGCUGAAUGGACCUGGAGAGACUUACUCUGUCACUUUGACAGAGAAGGGAACUUACUCUUACUACUGUUCACCUCACCAGGGAGCUGGCAUGGUUGGCAAGAUCACUGUAAACUGAAGUGCUAAUUGCAAUCUUUUGUAAAACUUUUCUCGGAAUUUCAAUAAUCUCAUUUUUCCUGUUUA